AUGUUGGACCCCUUCCCUCCUCCACCAGCAUGGCUCCGAGAUCGUGUCGAGCCGUGGGCCCUCUACCUCAACGUCCCGGCCCUCUCAGACCACAUCCAUGAAGUCAUCCUCGCUUUCGCCGGCUACCAGUUCAUCCACUCCUUCCUCUCGCCAUGGCUCUCCCCGAUCCUGUUCCCCCGGCACUAUCCACAGCUAAACAAACGAACCAAGCUCAAUUGGGACGUCCAUGUCGUCUCCCUCGUCCAGAGCGUGCUUAUCAACGUCUUCGCCCUGUAUAUCAUGUUCGUCGACAAAGAACGUAAGAACAUGGAUACCGGAGAGCGCAUCUACGGGUACACGGGCAUGUCCGGACUCCUUCAGGCCCUGGCAGAGGGAUACUUCGUCUACGAUAUCAUCGUCAGUACGGUGCAUAUUAGGAUGUUUGGCGUGGGCAUGUUGUUUCAUGCUAUUAGUGCCUUGUGGGUGUUUAGCUUUGGGUUUAGACCCUUCGUAAACUUCUACUCCCCAACCUUCAUUCUCUACGAACUCUCCUCCCCAUUCCUCAACAUCCACUGGUUCCUGGAUAAACUCAACCUCACCGGUUCCAAACUUCAAUGGUACAACGGCAUGCUCCUCCUCUCCGUCUUCUUCUCUUGCCGUCUCGUCUGGGGCACCUGGCAAUCCAUCCUCGUCUACAAAGAUAUGUGGUCCGCCCUAACCCAGACCUGGUCUCUAUCUCCCCUCUCUCCUUCUGCUGCAGGAGGAUCCCCGGUGGCACUGGACAGCGCAAUCAACACCGCCGUCUUUGGCCAUAGGGCCAAGCUAGCAGAGCAGUGCGUUGAUGAAGUUUGUAAGAGGGCGAAUGAGGAGGUGUUUAAGUAUGCUGGAUUCACGGCUGGUGGUGUCCCGACUUGGUUAGUGGGGACUUAUGUUGCGGCGAAUGUGGUGUUGAAUUCGUUGAACUAUUAUUGGUUUUCGAAGAUGGUGGAGACGGUGUUGAAGAGGUUUAGGGGGCCGAAGGAGGGUGGUUCUAAGAAGGGGGAGGGGGAGAAGAAGGAGGAGGCGGUUGAGGAGGUUGUGGAGAAGGUUGUGCUUGAGGCUGCUGCUUCGCUGGAGGAGGAGGAGGGAAGUCCGUUUCUUGGGGAGGGGGUUGCGAGGGAUGUUGAUGUUGAUGUUGGGGGGGAUGUGAGGAGGAGGAGGUAG